AUGUUUAUUAUUGAUAAAAUACUUGGCAUUAAAAUAUAUGGCACUUCCUGGCAUCCCUUACCAGGAUACUCCUUCUCUGUACCAAGAGGAAGAAAGAUAGCUGAGAAGUGGUCAAUGAUACCAGACAAUAUUGAUAUUCUAAUAACACAUACACCACCUUUGGGUCAUAAUGAUAUUUUCAGAGAUGGAACAAAAUGGGGUUGUGGAGAUUUAUUAAAUGCAAUUGAAAAAAGAAUUAAACCAAAAGUACAUGUUUUUGGACAUGUUCAUGAAAAUAAUGGUAUAACAAGUAAUGAUGAAACAUAUUUUAUCAAUGCUAGUAUAUGUUCACAUAAAUUAGAAUGUAAAAAUAAGUCAAUUGUUUUUGAUUGGAAUAUAAAAGAACAUAAUGUAUGUCAAAAACAUGUUGAAUACAAAUCACAGGAAUGA